CCGUCGUAAAGCCAGUUUAGUAGCCGAAAGGUACCAAGAUGGCGGAGGCUUCCUUGGGAAGUACAAGCCCAGUUGGCUCUUUGUCAUCGGAAGAUCACGAUUUUGACCCGACGGCAGAAAUGCUGGUGCAUGAUUUCGAUGAUGAGCGUACGCUAGAGGAAGAGGAGAUGAGGGAGGGCGAGUCAAGCGGGAGCUCGGAAAUCGCUGAUCUAGAGAAGGAGGGGAGCAUGCCGUUGGAAGAGCUGCUGGCGUUGUACAGAUAUGAAGCUGCAGACAGUGCUGUCGGAGGGUCGAGUACGGACAGUUCGUCUGUAGAGCUGACCGAUGAGCUGCCCGAUAUGACGUUAGAUAAAGAGGAAAUCGCUAAAGAUCUGCUCUCUGGAGACGAUGAAGAAACACAAUCUUCUGCCGAUGACCUCACACCGUCUGUGACGUCACACGAAACCAAUGAUUUCUUCCCCAGGACUCUUCGCUCGAAUACGGUUUACGACGGAGACAAAGAAUCUGAGGGUGAGGAUGAUGGUUUGAGUCCUGAAGACACUCGCAAGGAGAUCAUGGUGGGAUCUGAAUAUCAGGCUGAAAUUCCUUCUCUCACCUGUUAUAAUGACCAUGAAAAAGUGUACGCGGAGGAAGAUCAGCUGCUUUGGCAGCCGGAUAUCUUACCCGAGUCAAAAGUCAAAAGCUUCUUGCAGGACGCUCUGAGUGCGGAUGGAAAGAUGGACGGAGAUGGCAAAUGUUCUCUGGUCAAAGACAACGAGCAGGCUUUAUAUGAGCUUUUAAAGUGUAACUAUAACGUCCAAGAAGCUCUUGAACGGUAUCGCAGCAACCACAAAUCCUCAAAGGUCGAGAUGCUCCCAUGGUCUGAAGAAGAAUGUCGAAAUUUUGAACACGCUCUUCUGUUGUACGAGAAGAACUUCCACCUCAUUCAGAAACACAAAGUGAACACACGAACGGUGGCAGAAUGUGUUGCGUUUUACUACAUGUGGAAGAAGUCCGAGCGAUUCGAAUUUUUCGUCCAGCAAAACCGGUUCGGGAAGAAGAGGUUCAGCAGUUAUCCUGGCGUUACGGAUCUGAUGGACCGGUUGGUGGAUGAGGCUGAGGGUUUGGUGGAUGCUUCUGUGUGUUCCAGCAGCACGCUGACGAGCACGGUGGCAUCGGUGUGUAACACCGCAGACGUCAGCUGUCUAGACUCCUACAACUUCUCCUCGCUGGACGGGCUGCACCGCGGGCCCCUGAGUCACGAAGAGCCGCUCAACUACUCCAGCGACGGAGACUGCCUCAACCUGCUGGAAACCGGCUUCUACCACUCGGACCUCGGGCAGAUCAGCGUGUGCGGAGAGGACUGCGAGCGGCCCCAGGCCAAGCGGCUGAAGAUGGGCCUGUCGGAACCCUUCAUAAACGACAACAGGAGCAUGGGCGUGGAUUUCGAGGGCCGCACGCACCACAUCACAAGUGCCAAAAUGGCGGUUUCGGUCAGUGACUUCGGCGAGGCGGGCAGCUAUAUGGGAGCGCACACACUACUGCAGUCGGAGUAACACGAGCGCGCAUGCCAACUCUCACGGGACUAGCUGCAAUCCAACAUGUACAUAGCCGCAUAUUCCUUCGAAUAUUUGCUUUAUUUAGUUUUCCUGAUUAUAUACGUGUGUAUAUAUAUGUACAGAUUUAUUUUUUUUUUUUUUACUAUGACAUCAGUGAUGUCUAAUUGUACAGACCUAAAUCUUGAUUUCUCAAGAGUUAAUACAGCCAUUUAUUUUCCAGUCUUGAAUUUUUUGGAAGUGUCAUAAACGUUGUCUACGUCCGAAUACUGUGGAAAACUGAACUCGCAUACUUGGGCCGAGGGCAAGGGGUUUUUCUAAGCCAUCAUGACGACUGGCUGUCAGCUCAGCCUCUCCUCUGUGGUUCCCAUCAGUGUUUACAGCUCAGCCUUCGUCUGAACGGCAUUUACGACCCCUUCUUCGUUUCGUUACGCACCAUUUUGAGCACAAGAACCUGGAAGAAGUUCAGCCCUGGGAGAUUUUCUGCUAUGUUGACGGACUGCAAAAACAAACCUACGAACAAUUGAAAGUGGUUCUAGCAAAUAUAAAGGCUCUAAAUACAAUAGAGGUAUUACGACGUGUGUGAUUAAAAUGUUUUUUUUUCUACUUCUACGCAUAUUUAUUAGUGUUCCUCUUGCUUUAGCAGUCGGCGUUUGGCGUAUUUAUUGCAAUGAAGACCGUUGGACUGCAUCAUGGUCGUUUUUGUUUCCCGAAAUGGUUGUGAGAUACUGGCACAUGUGUUUGUUUUUUUGUUUUUUCGUUUCGAUAUUUUGAGAUCACUAUUUAUUGAAAAACCGUUUUGCAGGGAUUUCUCGCCACGGGAACAGAACCAAGCCGCAGGUUUACCCGUCUGUUCCCUUCAGUGACCGAUUAUGCAACGUUGUAAAUUAUUUUUCUGGCACGGCGUUCGUUUGCUGCAAGCACUGACCUGACGUUUAUCUAUGCAUCGAGAAUCGCUUACAGAUGAAACGGAUCAUUUCGGACCUCGUUUGCUCGUUUUUCCAGCUUUCCCGAGUUUUACUUUACACGCUCUCGUAUGGCAAUAAUGUGUAAAUAUGUACAGAUACCUGACAUACCUUGCUGUUUUUUUCUUCCUCGGCAAACAGACUUGAACUUGAAGACUUGCUUUUGAGUCUGCGUAUGCCACAAGAAUGCCUUCUCGACUUUACCGUUCGUUCGACGCUUUUCCUCACAAGAGAUUUGCUUAAGAAGAGAGUUAUUUAUUUAUUUAUUUAUUCACUCAGCUGCAAGUGUGUUAGCGUUCUGUACAUGAGUGAAAUACAGCGUCCUCCUCUCCGCCGGAGACGAAGGGCUAGCUGAAUGUACAGUAUUAUCACAUCUUAGGGAUUUACUGAACUCGAAUGUCUCUCGGUUAAGGCAGAAGCCCGGUUUGCAGUGUUGCCUUAACCCUCAUUCAAACCGUGCAUGUUGAAUCGACCUGGAAAACGCUUGGGAGGCGAUCUAUUGGACGGCUCGUGCUGUGUCUGUAAAAUCGUGUUUCCUCGUACCUGCGGCCGGAAUCCUCCUUUAUUUUUAUUUAUUUUUUUGGUCUUGACAUACUUGAAGGAUGCGUAUUGAUCGAUUUAAAUACAAUAUUCUACAAUUCAGUCCUGUAGGUUGUGCAAUUCAUUUCUUCUGUCCCUCCAAGAAUCGAAAAGAGCUUUAGGAAAUUGUGUUGGUGCAGUAAUUUGUCCAAAGUUUGUAUAAAAAAAAGUUAAUGGCUUAAAAUUGUAAUGUAGUAAUGGUUGUCUGCUUCCAGGGGAAAAAAUGUACAUUGAAAAACCUUAUCUUUGGAAUGUUUUAUGCUUUAUUUUGUUUCAUAUUCAAUCAUUCGCUUUUAUGUUUUUUGGAGGGGGGAAAGUUGCUGGGUAAAGUUCAGUUUUUUGACAAAUUUUCAUGUAAUUAAAUUAUAGUGUUAAAUAGACAAUCAAACGGCGAUUAAUAUUGGAAAAGGAAAUUUUAUCAUUCUUAAUAUUUGUACAUAGACACUGUUCUUGUUUUGUUGGUUUUGUUUUGUAUUUUAUGUUGUACUUAACUGGCAAACCAUUCCAGAAAUAAAGU